AUGUAUCCCCGUUUUUACACACGAGAUGUACCACCAGCUGGUAUAAAAAGCAAACAAUUUGACGGCGUAAAUGGAUGUUUUCAGGAUGAUGUAGAAUUUAAAGGACCAAAUGCUCAACUUCCUUAUCGAAAUCAACGUUUAGGUGAACCAGGUGUUCCACUUCAUACACACGGUGUUAUUGAUCCACCUUUACCAUCAAAUCUCGUCUUUGGCGUUAGCAGUGGUUCUAAGAACUUUUCCGCUGCUGAUUGUUUGAAGAUGGAACCAGACCAUGAAACAGCCGCACAUAUGAGAUUCGUCGAAGCUCAAGAAAAGAAUUACGAACGUAGCAAGGCAAAACUUGGCCAAACACGCGAUGGAGUUGCAGUUAUUCCAGAAGAACUUAAGACAAGAGGCUUUGGUGUUAAUACUCGCUUUGGAGAAACAGCCGGACAAGUUAUUCAAGGCACAUUAUGUGAUAUUCCAAACGAUGUUACUCUUACACCAGGAUAUCAAACAAGAAGAAAUUACGAUUGGGAAAAAUCAAAAAUCAACUUAAGAACACAUACAUUCGGUAUCAAGGGUGAAGGCAAUAUCGAUCACCUUAACGAAGUAAUGGAUAUGACAAACACAACUGGCGGAACAAAUCUUGUUCCAUUACCUGUUGAUCGUGCGGACAAUAAUCAAAUCGUUCCAGAUCCAGAUCCAGUUGAACCAUGGACACGCACUACAAUGAGAACAAUGACUGCAGAUCAGCUCCAUGGAACAAGAGAUCCAGCACAGAGACCACCAGCUGGCCUUUCUACACAAGCCAUAGAAUUUACUGUUGGUGAUACAAUCAGAGGCAUGGGCCUUAUGGACGCUAGAGGUCCUACAGAAGCUUAUCGUGAUAGGGAAGUUCCUCAGGACAUGACAUUUGGCAUUAGAACAAAGCCUAACCCAUUCCCCAACCCAUUACGUGGCCCAGGCAGAUACGUAGCCCUUGGCCUUUCAGAUGAAGAUUUCCUCCUUCUUAGAGAUAGAGCUCAUAUCGUUCCUGUUAUGGUUAAAGCCCUUGCACUUAAAGAAGAAGAGGCUAACCAGAUCUUCGACACAGUUUCUAACAGAUUUGGCAGAGAUAAAAUAUCUAUCUCUGAAUUUCACCAGGAGUUCAAGAUGCAGCAGUCACAAAACUCCAUCUAA